AUGAAUCUUUCAACGAGUGAAGCGACAACUUUCAAAACAGAUUACAGUGUUACUGCUCCUCUGUCGAUGGCUUUCGGAGUCACUUCUAUCAUUAUUACUUCAUACAUUUUAAUAAUAAUUCUAUCGACAAAACAAUUGUAUACAGUGACUCGUUUGUUAACUUGCAACACAUGUUUAGCAUCCAUGUUAUACUGUGUUGUUCAAUUUAUUAACUAUAUUCAUCUCUUAGUCAUCAAAUGGGAUACAAGCGAUGAGUCAUGUCGGUGGCGUGGUUAUUUCGGAUACAUGUCAAUGGUCUCAUUUGUUUAUUCGUAUUUAUUGCAAGUGAUCUCGCGAUUCUUCUUCAUUGUUCUUUGGAAUAGAUAUCGAUGGUUAACAUCAUAUAAAGCACAUUUCUAUGUGAUUUUAUUCGGAUGGAUUGUCAUUCUAACUGUCCCGUUACCAGCUAUUCUUACAACCGACAUCCAUUUUCGACCGGGUGAACUCUGUUGGGUGGCAUCGAAGUAUGAAUUACAUACAUAUUAUAUCAUUGUUGCAUAUUAUGUUAUUCCAAUACUGUCGAUUGUUAUCUUUAAUGUACUUAUCUUCAUUCGAAUAUAUCAGAGUAGGAAAACUAGUGUUGCGCGAAGCAGAACGGGCAAGAGAGAUCGUGAUUAUGAAAUCUUUCGUAAUGUGAUGAUUUCAUUUAGUGUUUAUUUUCUCGGUGGACUGCCAAUAAUUAUUCAUAUGUUAGUAGACGUCGAACUUUUAUACUCGAUUGGCGUUGUGUCUGUGACAUUCGCUGUUAGUAUGGAAAAACUGGUUAUUAUAUAUCUCGAUCGAGAUAUUCGAAUUCUUUUCCGAAAUUUUUUCUGUCAGAAGAAAACGCAAGUUGUGCCAAUGACUGUUUUUACUGUUCGGUAA